GUUCUUCUUCGCCUUGGAUACACCAAGAGAAAGAAGAGAACUAGUUUAGGAAAAUGGAAACCACUCCAAUUUCAAAGAUGCCACAGCCGCAACAAGGUGAGGAUAACAAUCAGUUCAUCAUCUCAAACGACAAUGAAAUGAUGAAGCAGAUCUUAGCCACCCAUGCUGAUCACAGUUGCCACAAGGUCGACGUUAGGCACCAUAUCCAACUCAUCGAGAAAAUCCUAUGGCACUCCACCACUCUCAAACGGACCAAUAUUCAUGAACCGCAAGUUUGUUUAAACAUGAAAAGCUUGGAUGAGAAGAUCCAACAGGUCGACUUCAUGGGCAUGCUUGAAGCAUUGGCUUAUGCCAUACACAAGAUCUCCAAUGAGGGUUGGGGAUGUGCACUCGACAACGGGGGCAUUAUUCAAGUCCUUAUCAAAAUUCUCCUGGGAUGCCAAGGUGGUGGUGGUCUUUGCCGCUUUUGCUGUCACUUAUGGGGAGUUUUGGCUGGUGGCAGAACUCUGCGGGAUUCAUCCGUUGGCCAAGUCCAUUGCAUUGUUGAAGCAAUUACUUGACAUAUUUGAGCAAUCUAAGAUGUUGAGGCCUAAGUUUGAAGCGCUCUGGAGCCUUAUCAAAGUAAUGUUCAAUAUGACCAAGUGCAUCGUCCAAAUCCAAGAGCUGCCACUUCAGUACAUCUCCCCUGACCAACCACCCAUGUCG